AUGUGGUCACGUGUCUGUGACCUUCUCGUUGCAAAGCCUGACCUGAACCGCCUGGACAGGGAUGGCCUGUCAGUUUUGCACAGACUCGUGAUGUGUCCUGACAGCAGAUUUGACUCCCUUCUUCUCCUGUUACUUGAAAAUAAAGCAAACAUCAACAGCAAGACUUCGAAAGGAGACUCAGUACUGCAUCUUGCAGCAAAACAUCAAAAGGUGUUAACAAUGGAUCAGCCAUCACCCCCAACAGACAGGGAUGAGUACCGUAGGUUAAAGUUUAUUGCGAAAGAUGUCAAUAAACGAGCUGAAUCCAAACGCCAGUUGUUAACAAGAUUAAUUAGGUCUUGUGAUAGCCUUGACGAUUGUGAUGACCAAGGGAACACGGCGGUGAUGCUGGCUGCAAUAAACGUUAACUGGGAAUUCCUGAAACUGUUGCUGGCUAAUGGCGCCAGGAGGAGUCAUGUCGACCAGCAUCAGAGAUCGCUGCUGCAUGUUCUUGCACUCUAUGGAUCUUACAUGGAUCCUUUCACAUGUCAAGAUCUGGAUCUUGUCACACUGUGUGUCAACAGAGGAGCUGAGGUGAACUGCGUGGACUGCGACGGAAAUUCAGCUCUACACCUUGCCGUGCAGUCCAAAAACUGGAUUUUAUGUAAGUCGUUGAUAGAACAUGGGGCCGACCCUGGACUCAUGGACUCUGCGGGGUUCAACGUUUUGCACAGACUGGCUUUGACUGAAAUUCAAUACAAACAGGACGUCUGUUUGUUACUUCCACUUAUCUGCCGUCGAGAUACCGACCUGAACACUCCGAGUCGAACAGGCAACACUGUCUUGAACAAAGCUGCCACUAAACAGAACUGGUCGUUGGUCAAAUGUUUAUUGCAUCUUGGGGUUAACACAAAUCUUUAUAAUAUAGAAGGGUUUACUAUUUUACAUAUCGCUUCCAUGACUACUCCUACCUCUCAACAUGGUGAGCAGGCGUCACCCAAUGAUCAGUCAGACCUGUUAGGAGUACUUGAAUGA